UUCAUUCAAUUAGGAGGUGUCUUCUCCCCCACAUUCUUUAUUAAUUAAUACCACCCCAUGACCCAACCACCAAAUGGGUAAUACCCUAAUUCAGUGUGUAUAUAUAUAGCUCACAUACCAAAACCCACAUUGCACCAACCUCCCUCUCUCACUCUCCUUUCUCAAACACACAUCCAUCAUCCCUUCUACAGAGAGAUCUCUCUCUAUCUAUACGCAAUUAAUCACAAAAAUGGCCAAAAUUGCGUUCGGUAGAUUCGACGAUUCCUUCAGCUUCGGCUCUAUCAAGGCCUAUCUUGCCGAAUUCAUCUCCACCCUUCUCUUUGUUUUCGCCGGUGUUGGAUCCGCCAUUGCUUUCAAUAAGCUGACGGCGGAUGCAGCACUCGACCCAGCUGGACUCGUGGCGGUGGCGGUCGGACACGCACUGGCUCUGUUCGUCGCCGUCGCGGUGGGCGCCAACAUCUCAGGUGGACAUGUUAACCCAGCUGUCACCUUCGGAUUGGCUGUGGGAGGCCAGAUCACCAUCCUCACUGGCAUCUUCUACUGGAUUGCCCAGCUUGCUGGCUCCAUUGUUGCUUGCUACCUCCUCAAAGUCGUCACCGGUGGCUUGCAGGCGAUCCCAACUCACGGCGUGGCAGCGGGGAUGGGAGCAGCACAAGGAGUGGUGAUGGAGAUCAUCAUCACCUUCGGGUUGGUCUACACCGUCUACGCCACCGCCGCCGACCCGAAGAAGGGCUCGUUGGGCACCAUCGCCCCCAUCGCCAUUGGGUUCGUCGUCGGCGCGAACAUCCUGGCCGCCGGCCCUUUCUCCGGCGGAUCCAUGAACCCUGCCAGGUCCUUCGGUCCCGCCGUGGCCAGUGGAAACUUCGCCGGCAACUGGAUCUACUGGGUUGGGCCUCUCAUCGGCGGUGGACUUGCUGGGCUUAUCUACCCCAACGUUUACAUGUCGUCUGAGCAUAUUCCGUUGGCCAGUGACUACUGAUUUGGGCUUUUCGGAGAUGGGCUAGUUGGGCCUUGUAAUUUGAACUCUUUGGUGUGGUUUUUUUUUUUUUUUGGAUCGGCUGGGGGUUGGGGAUAAUAAAAAAAGGAAGGGUACUAAAGAGGUUAUUUAUGCCUUUUUAUUUACCUUUUUUCUUUUUUUAAUUCAAAUGGGGAGGGUUUGUUUCUUCUUCUUCUUCUGGUAUUUAUUUUCAACAAUGCACUAGGGUCCUAUGUGUGUUGGGCUCUCGUUGAGUUAUUCACUUGUUGAUUAGUGACAAUGAAUGAAUUUGAGCAUUUUCUGGUCUCCAAAACACC